CAAUUCUAAUGGCUAUCCAAUAAACUUGCCCUUUCCCAAGGGUCCGGCUGCUUCAGUUGCUAUGCAACAACCAAAAUAUAUGGGUCAUGUUCCGUCUCAUUCUGUUCACACUCAAUUGCCAUCUAUGGCUUCUUUAGGUUAUUUCAAUCAGCCAAGCACUGCUUACUACCCUCCACCUGCACCACUUCAACAACACCAGCAACCACCAAUCCUUCCUCCUCCGGGCUUAAUGUAUACUAGUAAUAGUAACAACAACGUUAUUCCUCCUCCGGUACAAAUGAUUCAAGACGGUCCACAACAGCUCAAUCAAGUAAACGGAGGUGUCAGUGAGAACUUGGACUAUGAUAUUUCUAUAAUGUCAAAAUUCGUCAUGGAAAAUGCUUUUGUUGCCUUCAACGCGAACUAUAGCACCGAUGAUCAGACCACUGAUUUAUUUUUCAAAGGUAUAUCCUCCGUACUUAAUGCAACGAGAUUGCCCUCUGCCACUAUUUAUUUGGCUAUCGAUUAUCUUUUCAAAUAUAUCAAUAAGUUGACUAACGGAAUUCAUUCCAUCGGCGGCAAUUCAAUUAACAUCAUUUACCAGAACACCAUGAUUGCCUUUAUUUUGGCGAAUAAGUUCAAUGAUGACAAAACUUUCACCAAUUCUUCAUGGUCACAAGCAACAGGAAUACUGAUAAAUGUUAUUAAUGAUUUUGAAAGACAAUGGUUAAGGAUAUUUGAUUGGGAAUUGUAUGAUAAUGGGUUUCUUUAUUACGAAUUUGUUAAGAGUUUUGAAAUUUUUAAACAGAAUCAAUUUAAACCUACUACAACAGCUAACACUUUGCUAUCACCAAUUGUUAAUGUCAAUGGUUCAAGAAAUGGAAAUUUCAAAUUAGAACCUUCCACGAAAAAUCCACUAUCUCCAGUUUCUAAUUAUGAAACUCCAAUGUUGAUGCCGAAUAACAUGUUUUCAUCGCCCUCAUAUCAAAAUAAUCAAAGGUCCGACUUUUCCAAUAUGAAUUCUUACUACAACUAUUACAACUAUAAUCAACCAAGACAGAACUACUAUCAACAGUUACCCAAUAUAUAUUCUUCACCUGUUGCAGAAACUCAGUUUGAUUAUGAUUUUUACAAUUUCAGUAAUCAACAACAACAACAACAACAACAACAACAACAAUCAUUUUUACCUGCUGUUCCCCAAUUGCCUCCUCCCCAUGUUCACCAGGCUUACAAUCAUCAUUUUGGUUGGAAGUCAAUGGAUGAACCCAUGAAUAAUCCAAGGUUCGAAAGAAACUACUUCCCGUACUCAGCAGUGUACUAA